CUAGUCUGUUCGUGAUAUAUACGAAGAUAGAAGAUACGAAUUUAUCUACAGGCUUCUUGGAUACUGAUUAUCCCUCACCAGCUGAGAAAUCUCUCCACUAUCUCACUCAACGAUGCCGUCAUCUACUCCCGCAGACGAGAAACGGCAGCGGAAGAAGCUCCAAAACCGAGCAAACCAGCGAGCACGUCGUCUCCGCCUCAAGAAUGAGCAGGGUAAAGGCCAAACCACUCGUCCAUACAGCGUCCACCGCUGGCGAGUCUCAGAAUACGAGACACCAUCAUCAACCUCACCAACCAAUAACUACUCACACAUCCUUUCUCAAGCACAGAACCUCUCUCAAACACAAUCACAAACAGACCCUGAGCCCUCCCCAGCCCCAUCAUCAUCAUCCUCCUCAUCAUCCUCACCCCCCUCCCUACCCACCUCCUCCACUCCAAAUAUAUCCUCAGACCACCUCCUCCACCUAAUAACCCACAACGUCUUCCGCGCCCUAUACACCAACAAACUCCUCCUCUACGAGCUCUCCACAGCCCUCAUUCCCGGCCCAACCCCCCAGUCAUCCAUCCACCUCAUCCACGAAGGCCUCAUCUUCCCCAUCUACGCCACAACCAUCCCCAACUCCUACCCAUCCCCUAUCCCCGCAUCCCUCUUCCCCACGCCCUCCCAGCGGAAUCUCAUCCACUGCUCGUGGAUAGAUCUCCUGCCGUUUCCGCGUAUGCGCGAGAAUCUGAUCAAGUGGGAAGCGUGCUUUGAUCAUGGCGAGUUUGUGAGGGAUUUGGUGGGGGCGUAUGUUAUGCAGGAGUGGGUGU